AUGAAGUCUCUCCGAUUCAUUAGUGCUGAAGCAUUCGUGUCAAACGCAGAGUUUGCCAGGAAGAGUCUCGGUGGUGUUGCCCAUAAUCUUUUUCCUCUUCUUUUUAAAGCCAGCUAUUUAUUGGAGCGAGGGGAAGUGAUUCAUGACUUGGUAGAGAACUGGCCACUUGUGGACUUUAACAUGGGAAAACUUUUGGGAACUACUGUGGACUACCAGGAAGACCUGAGCGACAGAACAUGCUCAGUGUGCUUGGAAAGCUGUCUGACAGGGCUGAGAGACUACGUGCUGAAUCAUCCUUCUCCCUACAUGAAAAGGUUGAAAGUGGUCGACCUGACAGGUAUAAAAGAUGUUGAAGUUCAGUUUUGUGAGUGUAAGAAGACAAUGGGCAGGUGGGCCAGGACACAGCUGCUGUCUAAGCUUUGUUUAGAACUGCUGGCUUGCCUGCAACAAACACAGUGCAAUCCAGGUACCUUUGAAAUCAGUAUCGAUGUGCUAAUUGACUUGUUUGUUACAGAGCGGAACUAUGAGCUGGUAGUGCAGGCCCUGCUGAAGAAAUGCUAUUGUCCACUGAAGAUCUGCUGUGUGGCAUUCAGAUCUGACAACCUGGCUUUGCAGAAAUUCUUCUAUAUCAUAAAGCUCGCUGAUCCCUCUUUGUUGCGCAAACUGGAAAUAGUUCACAAUGUUCGCUUGGAAAUGGAACACUUGGAAAUACUCUUCAACAGCAUCCACUUCCCUCUACUGAUGUCCUUGACCUUGCCAGCACGAACAUUUAAUGUGCGGAGGUUCACAGCUACAGAUGAACGGAUGCUUACUAACAUUGGAGAAAAGAUGGGUGAAAUGACGCAGCUGACCGAGCUGAGUAUGUCAUUUUCUAUACUCACAGGAAGAAUACAGAAACUGCUCAGCCCACUAAAAACUCCACUGAAGAUGCUGGAUGUUUCUAACUGCUCAUUGAACCAUGCUGAUAUGGCCUAUUUAGCCAACAGCUUCCAUGCUAAUCACUUAGAAGCUCUGGACCUGAGUGGGCACAAUAUACCUGACCUUUACCCAUCAAUAUUCUUUAAGCUUCUCAGCCAUUCCUCUUCAGUGCUCAGGAGUCUUACCUUGGAGGACUGUAACAUCCAAGACACUCAUAUCAACAUGUUGAUUUUAGGUUUAAGCCCUUGUCAGAAACUACAGGAGUUUAAGUUUCUUGGAAACCCACUGUCAUCCCACGCACUUAAACACCUUUUCACAUUUCUCUGUGAAUUGCCAAUGCUGAAAAACGUGGAGUUCCCAGUUCCAAGGGACUGCUACCCUAUUGGCAUCACCUACCCGAUCGAUGAUGCCAGUCUCUGCAGAUUUGAUCACCAAAAAUAUGAAAGUGUAGCAGAGGAGCUUAACCUCAUUUUACUCCAAGGAAAUAGGGAGGAUGUGAAGGCUUCAACUCCACUCUUUGGCAGUUAUGAUGCAGCUGUUCAGGAGACAAACAAUGAGCUGGGAGCUUACUUGAUCAAGUCCUUCAAAGAAACUUUAGAAAAGUUCACUACUUCUCUUAACAAAAUGAGUUAAAGGUGUAACAAAGUGGUGAUGAGAUGCUCUGUCAAAUCAGAAGUGAAUUUAGUCUUUUCUAGAACUGUGCCUUCAUUGAUCAGUCUUGAGUUUUCUUUAAUUUCUCGGAUGAAUUUACUGCUGUUUGAAUAGCCUUUCAUCAUCUGAGGUAUUUUAACUAUGCAUACACCUUACAUAAGCGCUACUUGCUCUCAGAAGAGGGAAGGACCCUUAAUAGCUUAAUAUUUUACACAAAAGCACUUUGUCAGUAAAACAAUAGGUGUCUAAGCCUGGCUGAUUUCUUAUACAGCUUCCUCUGGAUUUGGCAGUGAGGCUUGUAGCCCUACAGAAAAGACAGGAAAGUCCUUUCCCAAGUCCAGCAGGACGUCCCAAAGAUUGUGUGCCUAUGGCUCCCUAAACCAAUUUUUGGUUUUGCCCUUGGCCUUCCAAAUUCACCAGUCUGUGUUUUAUCCAGUACAUUCUCAACAGUGGAGGACGUAUAACAGCCUCCAUGUCCCUGUGCCUCUCUUUCUUCUGCAGAGGCAAGCACGAUAGAACUCCUUUUGCAUGGGGAAUUACAGAGUUUGUCCAAUACGUUGUGCUGGUGAGGAGUAAAGUUCCAUAUUGAGGAGGCAGCAAACCAAAUGGUUGGCUGACAGCAGAGGAUUUUCCCCCACUUCCCCCAGCAAUAUAAAGCAGCCUGCGAGGACUCCACUGAAGCUCUUGCAAAAUGUAUUUUACAAAGGCGUACCAGGACAGUGUGGCACUGCCAUGCUUGUGAUCUCAGCAGGUAAGCGCCUCAAGCUGCUCCCUUUGUUGAAUCAGCUUCUUGGCUGGUAGUAUGUACCCUGCUGUUUUCAGCUGUUUUAAAGAAAGUCUAGGACAGUGGUAAUAAUGCAAAGAAGACUAGUGUUGAAAACACACAUAGAAAAAUGAAUCCAAUGCCAAUUUCAAAAACGUGGAAAAGGGGCAAGGCGGGUGGCUGAGUAACCAGAAGUUCAUCCCCAUAAAAUACUGCACUCCUCUGCCAGGACUGUGUAUUGUUCUGCUACAGAAUUGCAACCAGUGCCUGGAAGAAUCACACUUAUUUGGCAAGCUCCAGUGCAAGAAAUGUAUUUGAGUGACAGGGUAAACAGAAUCCCAGGCUCCACACACACACUGUGUUACAAUGUAGGUAAAGGGGACAACAGGUUGUCAGGAUGCAGCAGUAGGGCCACAAAACAAAUCUGGGGAGAGUACUAUAAUGGGGGACAAAUCUCUGGUUAGUAGGCAAGUACUCAGCUUCACACCUGCAAUACUAUGGAUAGACCGAAGAGAAAGAUAUUAGCAAGUCUUACCGAUUGUCAACCAAUUUGAGACCUCAUGCUGACAGCCUUUAUCAACUCUACCAGAGCCCAAAGUGCUCUGGUGUAGAACUAGAGACUUGGUUAGCUUCUAGGUGAUCCAAAAAAAAGGUAAGAUGCUCAGGUUAAUGCCCAGCACUGUGCCAUUAAAUAUACUUUAACAGUUCAUGAAAACUUGAUUAAACAGCACUGAAAGUGAAUUUUGUAGCAGGAGUUGAUAUUAUUAUUCUACUAUUAAUGAUCUUUAUUAAUAUAACAAAGGCAGCUUACUUGAAAUAAUACUGGAUCUCAUCAUCUGAGGGUAAGGAAGAAACUUUCUUCAUUUAGGCAAUGCUGUUUUGUGAAGCUUUCUGUUUAUCCACAACAAGAAUAUGCAAGCAACUACUAAACUAGUUUACAGAAAAAAUAAUUAAUGGACUGAGUACUAAGCAGAGCUUACAGGUUCCACAACAUGCAUUUAAAUUAUUUUUGAUGUCGUCUUUGCUUACGUUCUUCCUUCUAACAUGUUUUAUUGAUUAAACAUACAAUGGUAAAUUUGAAAGUGAAUGGACAUGACCUGUUUAUGUUUACAGAGCGCUAAAAAAAAAAAAAAGGAAGUAACUUGAGUUGCCGAGCCAAGCAGCUGUGAUAUAAAAAAUGCCAAAAUUGGGUUCCCUAUGGUCUUGCUUGUAUUUGGACAGAGUUCCGCAUGCUCCCUUGUCCUCACCUCUACUCUUUACAUUUCCCUCCCUCUGACCUUGCUGUUUUUUCCAUCCUAGACUUGACCCAUGACUUCUCAGCCAGACAUAAGUGGUUUGAAUUUUGCUAGAUGAAGGACCUACUCCUUUGGGAUGAGUAGUGGCACUUCCUGUUGCUGGGAGAGGACAUUCUGCGUACAGUAGCUGCAAACCUAUGUGUAGUGACUCCUCCACCUUGGCAGCAAGGCCAGCUAACAGGUUGUACCUGGAGGCGAAGGUUGCCGUUUUGGAAGCAUGUUGUGCUAUGACAGCCAGUCCCUGCCUGUUUCGGUACACACAAAAUAGACAGCUUGUUCAUAGAUCAGCUCUUAUUUCAGAAUAUUUAGAUGCCUUAUGAAGACUGCUGCCUAUGCAGCUAUCUCUCUGCUUUCUCCUUGCCUAAAGCCAGUCCUGGUCCACCCUUUUAUUUUAUUUCCUCCUUCUUCUGUUUUCCACAAACUCCUGCCUGUCUUCCAUUUUCAGUCUUACAUAUAUAUGCUGUCUACUUAUGACUGUCUGGGCAAGGAAGAGUAUGUAGAGGCCAUAGUUUUAGUUUUACUGCCCAGUGAGGAUCAGCAGUGUGUCUAUUUCAAAUUCCCUUUGUGCCUGGAGUACGGCGUGCAUUGCAUUAUAGAAGUGGUGCCCACGCAUCACUUCAUGCAGAGUAUCUGUGAACGACUGACAAACACUUAGAGCCCACUGAUGCACGUGCAGAAAGGAUCUGGAUCCUGUUCCUGGGAAGCCAACUGCUCUGCAGAAGCAUGCAGACAUUUUCCAAGUUUUGUGAUCUUCUAAAAUGCAUUUUGAUAGGAUUGAAAUAGAAGUUUUAUUGUUUACAAUUGCAUGUUAAAAUUUUAUUGCAUGAAAUAUAGUAUUAACUAAAACGCAUAACAGCUAUAUCAGUACUUUGAAUAGCAUUGAAUCCAAAAG